UGAAUGAUUUGGGGACCACUCAGGAUGGAUCGCAUGCGGGAUCUCUCUCUGCGAAUGCGACUGUAGCGGAAAUUAAAUUUCAUGGGGGCAAAGCAGUUCCAAAUUUUGAUAGUGUUGAAUAUGGGCACAAAAUCGUCGAAACAGCAAUCACACAUUUUGGUCGAGUAGAUGUUAUCGUUAAUAAUGCUGGAAUUUUACUUGACAAGUCCUUCCAAAACAUGAGCAAUGAUGACUGGGAUUUAGUCUACAAGACACAUGUUAAAGGCGCUUAUUGGGUUACUAAAGCGGCCUGGUCUUUCUUUAAAAAACAACGGUAUGGACGAAUUAUUUUCAUAUCUUCAAAUUCUGCAAUAUACGGCAAUUUUGGACAGGCAAAUUACGCAGCAGCAAAGAACGCGUUAAUUGGUCUUUCUCAUACAUUGGCAAUUGAGGGAAAUAGAUAUGGCAUUCAUUCUAACGUGGUGAUACCGACCGCAUCAUCAAGACUGACAGCACAGUUCUUUCUUAAAGAAAGUUUGCAAGUUCUGAAAGCAGAAUACGUAGUACCACUUGUUGUAUAUCUCGGACAUGAAUCUUGUCAAGAAACUGGAAAAAUUUUUGAAGCUGGUGCCGGUUGGUUUGGACAAAUUCAAGCCUAUCGGUCGAAAGGAGUGGUCUUGCCGGCUGCAAAUGCGGAAGCUAUUGCCGAUAAUUGGAUGGCAAUAACUGACAUGACCUCUGCAAAACAUUUUGAUAGCAUACAAGAAGUGACCGUUGAUUUGCUAAACUGUGCAGAAAAAGAAAACGUAUCCGAAACAAGAUGGGAACUGGAAAAUGAAAAGAAAAAUGAAUAUAUGGAAUUGUUUAAGAUUGUAGCAGAGGCUUUAAACCAGAAAAGAAAAAGAGAUAGCGAUUCGACAUCUUGUUUUAUGUUCAUGUUAAUACUUACAAAUGGAGUGGAUGUGUAUAAUUUCACAAUGUCCUUCGGUGAGAAUCAUGUUCCUAAUCGACGAGAAUUAAUUUGUGUUCUUGUAAUGCACUGUGAUAUUUUCGAACAGAUUCUUAAGGGUCAGAUUAUAACAAAAAAGAUCAUCAAACCCGGGCGAAUGAUAAUUAUCGGUGACAUAAGUGAGGAUGAUGUGGUGGAAUCCAUCAACCAGUUGGCUAGGUCGAUGAAACCAAAACUUUGA